AUGGCAGGCGUUGGAGCGAGAUGUCGGAAAAGGCUGCGGCAGGAGAACGCGUGCCCCGACGCGCAGGUCGCGCGCGUAUGGCCACCCGACACCGCACUCCCCCGCCUCCGGUGUCCCCACGGCGUGUAUGCAAACGUGAAACACGCCGUGUGCCUGGGCGCAUUGCCAGUGUUCCACAGCGCCGUGAAGAAGGACAACAAGGCGGCGGCAUCCUCAUCGUCGGCAAAGCCCGCCAAUGCCGGCAGUGGGAAGCAGCAGCAGAAGAAGAAGAAGUGGAGCAAGGGAAAGCAAAAGGAGAAGGUCAACAACGCCGUGCUGUUCGACCAGGCCACCUACGACAAGAUCUCGACAAAAGUUCUGGCUCCGCCACUGCUGUCCGAGGCGCCCAAGUACAAGCUCGUCACCCCCUCCGUCCUCUCCGAGCGCCUUAGGAUCAAUGCGUCCCUGGCUAAGAGGGGCAUCAAGGACCUGAUGGCAAGGGGGCUCGUGAGGGAGGUGUCCCUUCAUGCCAGCCAGCAGAUUUUCACCAGGGCUACCAAUGUACCAUCGAGUUAGUUAUAUUUGCUAGUGGCGUUUUUCUAGUCCAGCACUAGGCUAAUAAGAA